AUUAUAUAUUCCCUGUCAUCAAUUAUUACCCACUCCUGGCAUAGGUCCACGUCCAAGUUGUUGUGCGGUUCCUGCACCUUUAGUUAUGUCAAAGUGUAGACGAGCAUGCGUUAUGCAUCAACACACGUUCUUCAAAUCAAAUUUAUAUCACAAUAUUCGAACUGAUAAUAAUAAUACUAGAACAAUCAAAGCUAGUGGUGUAGUAAACUCUAAACAAUCACAUGGAAACCUGUUACAUCAACGAUGGAAUAAUCGAGUAAAGAAGAAAAUUUAUUCAAAUAGAUUGGGCAUUUCCUAUGAUUCCUCAAACGUUUAGAUAAUUUCUCACCUAAAUAUAGUGAUAAUGACAAAACAAAAAAACGACAAGAAAUCCAGUUUGCACGCCUUUGUAAACGUAUCUUCAACAAACCUGAACAUAAUCGACGUAAUACUACACGUCAUCAAUUAAACACAGCACGACGCUACAGAUUCUUAUUUCUUCCAUCACAAUAUAUUAACAAACCGAUCAAACAUUUGAUAUAUACUCAUGGUUUAGACCACCCAAACUACGGUUUUGUCACUCCUUACCGUAUUGAUCGAGAGGAUAAUGAAAAAAAGUUAAUAUCAAGUAUGACGUUUACGAAUAAGUACUCACCGGAAGUCUAUCAUACAGUUGCACCAUAUCGGCCAUACCCAGAUAUGUUCAUUCUGCACAAAUAUAGGAAUAUUAUACCUAAAGAUCCGAUCUAUGACAAUACUGGGAAUUUUAUUAUUCCAGGAUCAAGAGAAUGGUUCACUUAUAUGCACAAUCUACAUCGAUCAGGUACUAUACCGAUACCUAUUCUUACAGGUCAAGUAACUCAAUAUGAAUAUUAUGCAGAACAAGCUGCAGAACAAGAUCGCAUCGCUAAAAUCGAACGUGACAAGGAGGAAUUUCGUAUACACAUCAAGAAAAAUUUUGGAACAACAUAUUUACGACAUAUAGAUCGUACUAGAGAAAUUAAUCGACUUUUCAACAAGUCUGAAGAAUUUGAUUUUAAGAUGAGACAUUUCACGUCUGAUUUACGACAAUUUGGAUCUGAUAGGGAUCACCGUGCCUAUAUCAAUCACGAACUCAAGGAAUUUAAUGAACGCUAUAAAGCCAGUACUUACAGUAAAAGUUAUGUACUAGAAUCAGAACUUUCCGAUAAUACCAAAGAACUCGAACGACGCCCUAAUAAACGUAAUCCUACGAUGGUUCCUAACAAUUUCUUCACAAGUCAAGAGAAUAGAUACAAACGAAGGUUAAACCCACCUGCAGAAGCGGAUGACUCACCAGAAGCAGGUCCUUCAGUGUUCAAUAAUUUACGUAGUUUACAUGCCAAGUACCUUUUUUGA